CCCCUUCUCAUCCCAGCAGCGGCGCUGCCGCAGCGCAGACUCAACAAGAUCAAUAGCCCGGGCUGCGCCAAAAACGCGGAGCCGGAGCCGCCGCGGCUGGAGCGGACGGUCCAAACAAUAGGAUCGGCGCGAUCACCGUCAGUCACUCCGGCGACAGACUCGCCCCGUGUAAACGGCCUUUGAAUAUCGCGGUUCAGAAGCCGCGCCGUCGAAGAGGGCUUCGUGGAACGCGAUUCCCGCCGCUCGGGACGGGGGAGUUUCGCGGAGCGAAUCCGCGCCGCGGUCAUCCGCCGCGGGCUUUUGCGCCGCCCCCGCUUGCAAUCAUUCUCAAGAAAUGCGAGCAAUUUGGCUGUCAUUCGCGAAGAGCGGUGCUUGCGCGCGUUCGCCGAACCACCAUCGGGGCUCCCGGUCGGCACGUUCCCAGGGCAGGCCGCCGCUGUCGCGGCUUCUCGCAGCCGAGCGGGGGCCGCGGACAGCCGCUGAGAGAACGGCGACCGCCACAGCAGCGGCCCCAUCGUGAAGCGCCGCGGCGCUGCCUGCUGCCCGCAGCCGCUGGGAUUGCGGACCGCCGAGCUGACCCGUGCCACGCCGCGGCCGAACAGCCGAGGAGGAGGAGGAGGGGACACAAACACGAGAGGAGCCACGGGGGUCCCCCCCCCAUCAUCAUCACACCCCCUCCCCCUGCUUCUUUCUCUAAAGAUCGGCCAGUCUAGAAAUAAGCUGUGUACCCACCAAACCUACCUACCCGUCUACCCCCCCGGCGUCAUUAUAUCCUUGCGUGCACCAGCCCAUCAUCCUCUCGCCGUGAGAGUGCCGCUCGUGGAAGAAAGACGUUCCAUCUGCGCAGGAGCGUCCCACAUUCUCGACAGCAGCGCCUGCCAGGCUCAGAUAUGACGAUCGCAUCAAAUGGAGCGUCACCUUCGUUGUAGCGAGAAAGGCCUUGAAAGGAUUCCAGAAGAUUUGAGCAUACGACUUGAAUUGAGCCACGUGGAGGCUUCACAUGGCAUAACCAUGCCCGAGCGGUGUGUGACAUCACAGUCAUAAUACACUUGGAAUACCUGGAUGACAUCUCACUGACGUUUGCUUGGUGGUGACCACACAGUAGAGAAGGGUCCUGCCCAGCUGUGGUGAGCUCGCUCGCUCACUCACUCGAUAGCUGCUCAUCCGGCCGGGUUAGGCCUCGGCUUGAGUGAGUGCCCGGCGGCUCAUUUGCUUCCCAGCGAAGACGGGCGACAUUGCGAAAUGACGUCUAGGGAAACGCACCGCCGCUUGUGAUCGCUCACGUUUCGUAUCUUCCCAUCGCAGGCAAUAACCAAAACACAAUCGACGACAACAACAAAACUCGGCAGAGACGCCCAAAUGUCUCCGUCAAAAUCCACCAAGUAGCGCGAGACGACGCUAUAGACUGAUUUCCGUUUGACGUUUGGGGGGGAUCGUGCCGGAAGCCCGUCCGGCGAUUGAUGCGGCUUCGCUCAACAUUUGGAGGCCCCGACGUUGGGGCGAAGAGCGUGGAGGUCCACAUGGCCAGGAGGUCGCGUGCCGGAUGCCUCUGGACGGUUGAGAAGCCCUCGACCGCCAUGCUGUGGACCUGCUUCCUCCUCCUGUCUACCUGCAGCAGCAUCAUGCCAGCAGCAGCAUUUGGCCGCGUGGCCAUGCCGCCGGGCCUGGUACGACGGGAGCUGUCGUGCGAGGGCUACCCCAUCGACCUACGCUGCCCGGGCAGCGACGUCAUCAUGAUUGAGAGCGCCAACUACGGCCGCACCGACGACCACAUCUGCGACGCCGAUCCCGCCAAGAUGGAGAACGUGCACUGCUACCUGCCGGACACGUUCAAGAUCAUGACGCAGCGGUGCAACAAUCGGACGCAGUGCAUCGUGGUGGCGGGCAGCGACGUGUUCCAGGAUCCCUGCCCUGGCAUCUACAAGUUCCUCGAGGUCCAUUACGAAUGCGUCCCCUACAGGCUGGAACAGAAAGUCUUCCUGUGCCCCGGCUCGCUGAGAGCCGUCUCGCAGGCUCUGCACCUCUUUGAGGCCGAGCAGCAAGCGGGGGCCUGGUGCAAAGACCCGUUGCAGGCCACCGACCGGGUCUACUACAUGCCCUGGUUGCCCUACCGCACCGACGGCCUCACCGAGUUCGCCUCGCUCGAGGACUUCAUCGCCGGGCGCCCGUCCACCACCUACAAGCUGCCCCACCGUGUGGACGGCACGGGCUUUGUGGUGUACGACGGUGCGGUGUUCUUCAACAAGGAGCGCACGCGCAACGUCGUCAAGUUCGACCUGCGCACGCGCAUCAAGAGCGGCGAGGCCAUCAUCCCCAACGCCAACUACCACGACACAUCACCCUACCGCUGGGGCGGUAAGUCCGACAUGGACCUGGCGGUGGACGAGAACGGCCUGUGGGUCAUCUACGCGACGGAGCAGAACAACGGGCGCGUGGUGGUGAGCCAGCUCAACCCGUACACGCUGCGCAUCGAGGGCUCCUGGGAGACGGCCUACGACAAGCGCUCGGCCUCCAACGCGUUCAUGGCGUGCGGCGUCCUCUACGUGCUGCGCUCCGUCUACGAGGACGACGAGAACGAGGCGGCCGGCAACCGCAUCGACUACAUGUACAACACCAACCUGCACCGCGACGCUCACCUCGCCGUGCCGUUCCCCAACCCCUACCAGUUCAUCGCCUCCGCGCAGUACAACCCCCGCGACAACCUCCUCUACGUGUGGAACAACUACCACGUGCUCCGCUACGCCCUCGACUUCGGCCCGCCAGACCCCACCGCGGUGCAAGGCGUCACCACGCUGGGUCACGGCAGCACCACGGUCCCCGUCGUGACUGCCGGGUGGCCUCGGGGGACGCCUACCAUCCCGUCACUGACUGACCAUCUGCCCCCAGAGGGAGCGCGCCCAUGGGAGCGAGACAGCAAGCAGGGCCCGGCCGACCCCCAGAGCACGGCAAGGCCUCCCAGCCUCCCCAAGCAGACGCAGAGGCCCAACCUGGUGCCGGUGUUCUGCGAGGGCGAGCAGAGCCGAGGCAUCACCUGGCCCCGCACCGCCGAGGGGAAGACCGCCGAGCGGCCCUGUCCCACGGGCACCACCGGCACAGCACUCUACCACUGCCAAGCUAUUAAGGGGCACUGGCUGGCUAAAGGACCCGACUUCAGCAACUGCACAUCUCCAUGGGUCUACCAGAUUGCGCAAAAGAUAAAGAGCGGCGAGAAUGCCGCCAGUGUGGCAGGCGAGCUGGCCAAGGAGACCCGCGGCACCAUCUACGCCGGAGACAUCACCUCAUCUAUGAAGCUCAUGGAGCAGCUGGUGGACAUCCUGGAUGCACAACUCCAGGAGUUGACACCCACGGAGAAGGAGCCCUCGCCCCGUAGCUUCGUCAAGUUGCAGAAGCGAGGUUCGCUGUGCAGAGCGUACAUCAAGGCCAUCGUGGAGGCCGUGAACAAUCUGCUGAAGCCGGACGCCCUGCAGUCCUGGCGCGACAUGAAUGACACGGAGCAGACGCACGCCGCCACCAUGAUGGUGGACACCAUCGAGGAGGGCGCCUUCGUGCUGGCCGAGAACCUCAUGGAGCAGGACAACGUCUCCAUUGCGACCGACAACAUCGUGCUCUCCAUCUUGGUGCUCAACACGGAGGGCUCUCUGCGGGACUACUCCUUCCCGGCGGGAGGCCAGGAUGGUGACUCCAUCGUUCUCUCCGCCAACACCAUCAAGCAGAACAGCCGCAACGGCGUGACGAAGCUGGUGUUCACUCUGUACGACAAGCUGGCUCCCUUCCUGAGCACGGAGAACGCCACCGUGGGGAACGCACUGAACAACGCGACGGGCCAGAACCACUCGCUGGCGGUGAGCUCGCGCAUCAUCUCGGCCUCCAUCAACAAGGAGCUGAACCGCGUGUUCCUCAGCGAGCCCGUGGUCUUCACGCUGCGCCACAACCAGUCCGAUGGAAACUUCAACCCCAACUGUUCCUUCUGGAACUACUCGUCGCACACAAUGCUGGGCCACUGGUCGAGCCACGGCUGCAAACUGCUGUCCACCAACGCCUCCCACACCACCUGCGCUUGCAACCACUUGACCAACUUCGCGGUGCUCAUGGCGCGCCGUGACAUCGAGUACGGAGACAAGGCCCACGAGCUGCUGCUCCUGGUGAUCACGUGGGUGGGGAUCCUCGUGUCGCUGCUCUGCCUCGCCAUGGCCAUCUUCACGUUCUGCUUCUUCCGCGGCCUGCAGAGUGACCGCAACACCAUCCACAAGAACCUGUGCAUUAACCUCUUCCUGGCCGAGAUGCUCUUCCUGCUUGGCAUUGACAAAACGCAGUACACGAUCGUGUGCUCGGUGUUCGCUGGGCUGCUGCACUUCUUCUUCCUGGCGGCAUUCGCGUGGAUGUGCCUGGAGGGAGUGCAGCUCUACCUCAUGCUCGUCGAGGUGUUUGAGAGCGAGUACUCUCGCCGCAAAUACUUCUACCUCUUCGGCUACGGCCUGCCCGCCGCCGUGGUGGGCAUAUCCACCGCCAUCGACUACACAAGCUACGGCACCGCCAAAGUGUGCUGGCUCAGGACAGACAACCAUUUCAUCUGGAGCUUCCUCGGGCCUGUCGCUCUGAUCAUCCUGGUAAACCUUAUCUUCCUCCUUAUAACGCUGUACAAGAUGCUCCGCCACUCGGCUCCACUGAAACCCGACACCAACCGCCUGGAGAACAUCAAUCACCCUGUCUGUGAUGGAUUCUAUAACACGGAUUUGCCAGGCUAUCAGGAAAGCAAAGAGUUUGUCAAGUCGUGGGUGCUUGGGGCCAUCGCCCUCCUCUGCCUGCUGGGUCUCACCUGGGUGUUCGGUUUGCUCUUCAUCGACAAGGCCACGCUCGUCAUGGCCUACCUCUUCACCAUCUUCAACUCCUUCCAGGGCAUGUUCAUCUUCAUCUUCCACUGCAUCCUGCAGAAGAAGGUGCGCAAGGAGUACAGCAAGUGCCUCCGCCACUCGGACUGCUGCGGGGGAUGGGGUGGAGACUCUUCCUACAACUCGAGCAAGAACACCAACUCCAGGAACAGCACACGCUACUCGCCAAACUCGCAGAGCCGCAUUCGGAGGAUGUGGAAUGACACGGUACGCAAGCAGACCGAGUCCUCCUUCAUCUCCGGGGACAUCAACAGCAGCUCCACUCUGAACCGGGGCCUGGUGGGUAACCAGCUUCUCAGCAACUCCCUGCUGCGCCCGCAUGGCUCUAACAACCUGUAUAACACGCUGCUGGCCGACACGGUGGUGUGUAACGCGCCGGCCACCGGCCUCUACCGCAAGUCACCAGAGCACUCAAUGACCAAUGCAAGAGACACAAGCACAAUGGAUACUCUACCGCUAAAUGGUAACCACGGCAAGAGCUACCACCUGAGCAGCAGGGACUUCCUGGGAGACCAGCGGGGGGGCCCCGGGCUGUCAGAGCCCCCUUACGACAACAAAACCCGUCUCUCUGAACUCCACCCGACAAACGGGCCCGUCUUCCUCUCAGACUCCGAGGGCGUACUCGAGAGCCGAUCGGCGCAGGGAUUUAGGCCUCUCGACCCCGACAGCGACUCGCGCAACGGACCCGCGUACCUAGCCGGCGGCGAGCGCGACGCCACCGCCAAACACCAGCUGGUGUACGUGGGGCGGCAGGACAACCAGUGGGAGAACCGCAAUCCCCGGCACCAGCUGGUUUACGUGGGCAAGAGGGAUAGCCUGCAGGGCGACCUCAAAGCCCAACUGGUGUACGUGGGACGGCAGGAUGGCUUAACCGACGACGCGAUGCCGCAGCUCGACCGCAGCCGGGUCGGCGGCGGCGGCAGCGGCGGCAGCGGCAGCAGCAGCGAGGACGACGCCAUCGUCGCCGACGUGCCGACGCUCGCGCCGGCCCAGGGUGCGGCGGUGCCGGGGCUCGUCCAGGAAGGCUCGGGCGCUCCGCUGCUGCCCACGCGCACCCACUCGCUGCAGCCGCCCCACCGCCGGGCCGCGCGGCCGCCCGGCGGCCCCGACGCGCCCGUCACCUUCUUCCCGCUGCUGUCUCCGAAGCAAGUGGCCGAGCUGCAGUCGCCCACCCGGGACUCGCUGUACACCAGCAUGCCCGACCUGCGGGAGCCCGGUCGCCCGGACUCGAGCGGGGCCGGCGGCGCGGAGCAGGAGCUCUUCUGCCAGUCGGUGCCGCGCGCCUCCUCCAAGCCCCAGCUGCACGCCUACUACCAGCCGAGUCGCGGCGGGAGCGAGGGGCGGGACCUACCCCGCGGCGACGCCGGCCCCCCGCCGCCGCCGCCGCCCGAGCUGAGCCGGGACGGCGGGGACGGCCGCGCGGGGCGCGGGAAUCGGGAGAGCCGGGACGAGGUGGACUGCUGCGAGGGCUUUGCUCCGCCGGACGAGAGCAAAAAGAGCGAGGCGACCGAGGGAGACAUCCGAGAAGGCAGCAGCACCCAGCUGGUCACCAGCCUAUAACGGCCGCAGCCCCGCUGGGCGCCGCUGCACCGUGCGCUCGGAACGACUCCGACCGGGAAGCCACCUGCUCACGCCAUCUGUACAAAUCCCCCCAUCUCGCUGUAAAUGUGGUGUCGUGGACGGAACGUUAAAUAAGCCUUGCUUUUAAGUUAACUGCUUUCAUCGGUUAAAAUUAAGACUCAUACUAGUUCAUACAUUAUAUCGUCGUGUUUUAAAGACCUCAGAAGCAAUUCAAGUUGUAUUCUAUGUAUAUAACUAUCAUCCUAUGGCCUAAGUAUUCACAAAUACAGGGUACAUGCAGUAGCUGCCCUGAAAAUUAUUGCUUUAAUUUAAACCAGAUGGAUCUGGAGGCCUACCCUACAUUGUGCUAUUGGCAUAAUAUUCUCACUUUGCAUGAUGUCAAAACAGUUUUUGAGAAGCCCCUCUGUACCACGGUGGUGGAAAUCAAUAUCGUGUGACCAACCAUGCCGCUUGCAUCUGCACUUUUUCUGACGCUUUUCUGCCACGUGUUUGCUCCCAGGGACCCAGGCUGCACAUUUCUGCUGAUUCUCAUUCACACGAAGUUUGUGACGCCGGUCAAUUUAAAGCAAAAGUGUGUGGGGGGCGGAGCAACACAGCCUCUACUGAUAGAAACCAAAAACAAACGUACAUACAACAACAACAUAUUACAACAACAACAACUUCCCCUGUUCGUGGCACCUUGAAAUUUCAGCAAGAGCCAUCUCGGACCACACCACAAAAGAACUUCCACAAUCCUCCUCCCAACAAAUCCGGAACAAACGGCGCCCGGGGGGGGGGGGGGGGUAACGCGUACAGACGCGUGCUGGAGAGCAUCCACGGGAGAACAACGUUCAUUGGUCGUGGCAUUGGGUGAAUCCGUACGUGGUUUGUCAGGCGACAAGUGCGCAAAGCGGACCGAGGACGCGUCCUGAACUGUGAGAGAACGACACCACGGAACUGGAAUUUUGUAUCGUGCGAGAGACUUCCAACGGCCACUUGAAGCGGUAUGAGGACGUAUCGGGGCCCUGCAGUAGAAGAGGCCACUGUGUGAUGCAGGGAGUUCCUUGACAGUAUUAUCUGCAAUAUUCUGUGGUUAGCACAGCCCGCGUGCAGCUAAACCCCACGACGUUUGAUCCAGUAGAUCUGUAAAAAAAAAACACAAAAUAAAGACGUGUGUACUAUAUAACGCUGCCUAAACACAAAAAAAGGGAAGGUACACUCGCCCACUAGCUGAAUUAUGCUUUCAUUUCAAGGGGGUAAUCAUAGAGAAAGAAGUAUAACGUGAACAAGUGCUGUGAUCACUUUCUUCUGUUCUUGUAGAUAGGUACAGUGGGCUUCACGUGGAAGCGCCAUGGCACUCGGCUUACCCGGAGUGACAUUUUUACGCAGCCUCGCGACGGAAGGCAAUGCAGCCCCGGUGUGUUCGUGACGCAUCAAUGCACGCCAUCCCAUGUACACACAUUCCUUUGCAAGCAUGCUAUUCCCAGCCCUCUCUCCUCGCCAGUCUCCUCGUGUGUCCCUGUGUGUCGGUGUAUCUCUGUCUCGUGUCCAUGACAGAGCCCAUCCCCCCUUCGCCAUCCGUCCGUCCGCCCCCCCCCCCCACCUCAGGAUUCAUUCGACCCGAGUAAGCCGUCACCAAAACACGCGAUAUGUGUGCCGCCGUUCUUGUCACUUGUAUUGACGGCCAGUGAAGGUCUAUAGACAUAUCCAUUGCAAAUCAUGCAAAUUAAUCCUUAAGUUUUUGAGCCUGGCUGAUGUGGCUUCGAUCUUAUUUCACUAUUUUUUUUUAUUAUGUGACUACUGCAGAUAUCUACCCGUAAGCAAACGGAAGUGCGAGGAAUCAUUCUGUAGUGUAGAAUUAUAAAUACAAAAAAACGAAUUCCGUAGAUAUACACUUCUUACCGUAGAUUAUUUGGUUGAAAUGUCGCCGAUGGGUUUUGCCGGCCGGCCUUGCGAGGUGUGAGCGCUAAAUGGGGGGGGGGGGGGGGGGGGGGGGAGGGGGGGGGGGGGGAGUCCGAUACCACGAGUCCCGGAGUCGAACCGGGACGAGUUCCAGAGACAAUGGGAUGGGCCCUGGAGAUGAACCAGGAUGAGUUCCGUAGACAAUGGGAUGGAUACCGGAGUCGAGCAGGAUGAGUUCCGUAGACAAUGGGAUGGUUACCGGAGUCGAGCAGGAUCAGUUCUGUAGACAAAGGGAUGGUUACCGGAGUCGAGCAGGAUGAGUUCCGUAGACAAAGGGAUGGUUACCGGAGUCGAGCAGGAUGAGUUCCGCAGACAAAGGGAUGGUUACCGGAGUCGAGCAGGAUGAGUUCCGCAGACAAAGGGAUGGUUACCGGAGUCGAACGGGACGAGUGAGCGAGUGGAUCAUGCCCUACACCGCGCCGCGUGCUGCUUCCGUAAGCAUAGAGUAGUUCUCGCGAGUCUCGUUUAAGAGUCGCAUUUCUUUAAAUUAUUACUCAUUGAUUUGAAAGGUACUUUUAUGAGUACUACGAUUAAUCUGUGGCUAAUAUUUGUUGUACAUGUUUAACAGUAGUCUGUGGCUAAUAAAUGUUACAGCUUUAUAAACUGUAAA